GUUUGGCUAGGCUGAAGCAAUGAAGGGAGUCACUUCCAAUGAAUGAUUGAUUCAACCAAAGAUAUGCGUGGGUAUAUACCCUCGACCAAGAGGCAGCUAAGCUAAUCUCUCCCAAUUGGAUCCUUCUCACAGCAGAUAAUGACUUUCCCGUUUCAAUGCUGUUGCCAGAGCUGUAUCCAAGGAGAGAUAAUGGUAUCUGGUAGUAUCCAAAACAAUGCUGCAGCUUAGUUGGUCAAACCUCUAAUGGCUGUCGGUACGAGUACGAGUAUGCCACUGUCGCGCACGGAUGAUGAAAGGAUCGAAAGGCAUGGAGGAUUGAAGGGUGGUGGCAGCACGCGUGCCAAUAAAAAGAUCCGUUUAUUCCUUGUGGAAGGUCUCUGACGAAAGCUAAAGAAGUUUGGCGAAGACAAUGAUGGAUCAGCCGGUCAAUCUCCAUGCAAGAAAGAACACGGGGAAGUCAUCACGACAGACUAGACUGCUAGAAUAGAAUAGGAACAAGAGACUACUAUCGAAUCUCUGCUUCUUUCUUCUUUCUCUUGCUCUCUACUAGCUAUCUACGUUGGAGCUAUUGGUUUGACACUGUCCACUUGAUUUGAUUUGAUUCUGCAUCAUGAGCAACAUCCCGAUUGUGCAAGGGGUGACGGUGGACCAUGGAAAGUCCAACUCGGAUCCCUACCAGAAUCCCAUGGCGGUGCCAAUGGUGCCCGCCGGGGGCUACGAUUACGGCCAACCUGCUCAAGCCCAGCCACAGCAGCAGCAAGCCGCCGGUAAUGGAAUGCAACAUGCCAAACAGCCAAAUCAAUUCCGAGAUGUCAUCUGGGGAAUACUUUUCAUUGUCCACCUCAUCCCUGUGGCUCUCUAUGCCAUUUACAGUGCCUCGUCUCAAGAAGGAGAUGGCAGCGGCAUUUCGGUGGCUCCCCAUCUCUACUGGAUUUCCAUUGUCGCUCUCGUUUCCGUUGGACUCUCCUCUCUGUCUCUGGAUGGAAUGAUGCGAUUUGCCGAUACACUCGUCAAAGCCGCUCUCAUCUUCUCCGUCAUUUCCUCACUUCUCAUGGCCAUUUACUGUGUCAUGAUGGGACAAACCUUUUUUGCCGUGCUCGGAUUUAUGGGAUUUGCCGUCAUGAUUUGCUAUGCCAAAAUGGUAUGGCAUCGACUCCCCUUUGCGGCGGCCAAUCUACGAACGGCAUUGACGGCCGUCAAACUCAACAUGGGACUCGUAUUGGUCGCAUACGUCUUUAUGGCGCUGGGAUUUGCAUGGUCCAUUCUAUUCAUGGUCGGAUUUGGAAGCGGACUUCAGCAAUCCUCGUAUCCUGUCAUUUUUGCAUUCUUUGUCAGCUUUUACUGGGUCAAUCAAGUUCUAGUGUACACGGUCCAUGUCAUUUGUGCAGGAGUUGUGGCAACUUGGUGGUUUGCACCAGUAGAGGCUUCCUCCUGCUUUUCGUCGGCCCUGCAAGACUCUUCUAUUCGGGCAUGCACCUACAGUUUUGGAUCUAUCUGCUUUGGAGCAUUCUUGGUGGCGAUCGUCAAAGCCUUGCGCAUGACACUGGAGUAUGCGCGCCAACAAGAGGACGCACAGAUCUUGGUUUGUAUCCUAGACUGCAUUCUAUCUUGCAUCCAAGGUAUGAUCGAGUAUUUGAACAAGUGGGCCUACAUUUACGUUGGGAUGUAUGGCUUUGGCUACCUCGACGCCGGUAGAGAAGUCGUAAACCUCUUCCAGGCAAGGGGGUGGAAUGUCAUUAUCACUGAUGAUCUGGUGGACAACGUUUUGAGCAUGAUGAGUGUCGGGAUUGGAAUCGUUGCGGGUGUUGUUGGUCUCUUGGUAGGCAAAGGAACCCUGGCAACUGAGGGAGUUGAGAAUCCUGGAAUCAUUGCGUUUGUCAUUGGUUUCAUCAUUGGCAUGGUGCUCUCCAACAUUGUCCUGGGAGUUGUCGGUUCCGCAGUGAAUACAGUCAUUGUUUGCUACUGUGAAGCUCCAGCAGAGUUUGCUGCCAAUCAUCCUCAACUUAGUCAGGAAAUGCGCGAUGCCUGGGUUUCAGGUUGGCCCGAACUGAAUUUGUCCGGAGCUUGAUUACAAAACAAAAACAAUCAACAUCAUCAACAGAACCAUGUAUUUAGAAUUUCCUGAUCCACAGGUGACAGCUCGCGUGUGGGUGGACGCAUGCGGUCGCCCAUCUACGAGCUCGCCAUUGGAUUGAAUGAAUUGUCAACGUAAAGGUGUUUUACAGUGUGUAAGGCUGCCUUCGCUGUUUGCUUGUCCCCCUCUCUACGUUUAAAUGUUUGUGGUACAGCGCAAAAAGCCUCGCUUGGAUUGGUCCCAGAGAUAGAUUACUAUUACUAUCCAUCAUUGUUAGGUUGUUAUGGUAUACAUGUUCUUUCCUAAGAUAAACAACUUUUGUUUGGGACUCG